UCUCAUCCAAGCGGACCGGGGAUUCCCCGCCUGACGAAAACAGCUCAGCUCUUCACAUGUCGUCUCUUCCUCUUCUCGCCUUUCAUUGCUCGUCCGCUCCCCGCCCGGAGGAACUGGGGCCGUUACCGGAUAUCUUGACGACAGGCAAACGGCUUCUUGUUCGUAAUGAGCGCAGCGUGUGUAGAAACUUUGAAAGGGGUCGCUAGCACGUCACGUUAAGUCGUCCAUUGGCAUGAAAGGCACCAGCUCGUCCUUCGUGCCCGCGGCUCUUCUCCCCACAAGCGACGGUCUCCAGGCUGUCUUAGGAGUCCUGGUCUCCGGCGGUGACCCCCACCUCCAGCCCCGUUAACAGCACCCGGAAGUUAGCGAGGGGAUACCCACCACCCACCAUGGCGAGCGGCGACUGUCGCAAAGAUGACUUUACGGAGGAAAACCGCGUGGACUCGGGUAUCGACUCCUUCCGUCCCAUGUUCAAGUCGGAGGAGCGGAGCACCGAACUCAGCGGUCCUCGGGACAAGUUUCCCCUCGCGGAGGAGCGCUUGGACUCGGCCUACGGCUCGGCGUCGCUCACGGUGGAGAGCCUGUCAGACAUAGUGGAGGGGUGCACUCUUGAGACGGAAGCACCGAGCUCCGUACUCCCGGAACCGGAGGAGAACCUCAUCACGUCAAUAACUGAAGAUGGAGACACAAUGCUGCACUUGGCCAUCAUCCACGAGGAAGAGUUGAUUGCACAGCAGCUAAUCCAAAUAUUCCCCACAGAAGUCUUGGACAUCCAGAACAAUUUGUAUCAGAGCCCUUUGCAUCUGGCCACCUACCUGAACCUGACCGAAGUAGUGAAGAGUCUGGUUGCCAAGAAGGUGAGCCUUGAGCUGCAGGACCAGGACGGCAACACGGCGCUCCACGUGGCCUGCCGCCACGGCCUGACGUUGUGCGCCACGGAGAUGACCAGUGAGAUUUCCCCCAGCAAGCUAGCGUUGGUCCUGGAAACCCAAAAUUGGAGAGGUCUCGCCUGUCUGCACCUCGCCGCCCUCAACAGGCAGCAGCAGAUUAUGAAGCUGUUGAUGAAAAAGGGCGCAGAUCUGAAUAUCCAGGAAGGAACCAGCGGCAAAACGCCUCUCCACCUCGCCGUCGAACAGCACGACAUCCCCUCGGUGAAGCUGCUGCUGAGCAGGGGCGCCAACGUGGACGCCGCCAUGUACAACGGCUGCACGCCGCUGCACCUGGCCGUGGGCAGGCAGGACGCCACCAUCGCCAACCUCCUUUGCCAGUCGGGCGCCGACACCAUGCUGCGGAACAUGGAGGACGAGACAGCGUUGGACCUGGCUGAUGGCAACAGCGACAUUCUGGCUUUAUUUCCGUUUGACGACAUUCAGAUCUCGGGGAGAUCCGUGGUUGGUGUGAACUUUUGAGACUCCGAAAGACGACUCCCGAGGAUCACGUUGACUUCCAACGGUUUGAAUGGAACUGAACUAUGUGUAGUAUUUCUGUAUUUAUAUGUACCAUAGGAACACAAUUGCUUCACAUAAACUUUACGUCCCAGGACACAGAUACGUACAUUUCCCGCUUCGCCGUCUCCCAUUUGAAUACGGAAAAAAUCAAGCUUCCUGUCACUUUUUGCCAACACAUCCAUCCAAACCUUUUCACACAUCUACCUCCUUCUCAUCAACAGUUUGGCUCCAAAUCAUCUUUCGUUUCCCGCUUCUCAAAAAUCAUCAGUUCUAUAUAUUUUUUUUUGGGUUGCUUUAUUAAAAGUACAGCGUUUCAUUGUAGCUAUUAUAAAGCUACAUACCCCAUAUGGAAUUGUCAUAUAUGACAGUUUCUGCUUUACACUUUAGGGUUCGUUGCACUGGCCUGUUUAAACGGACGAUGGAAGCAAUUUCAUGCUCAAUUAUUUUGUAAUAAAAUUGAUUUUUAAAUGA